GCUCCUGCCGUAGCCGGUCAUGGCGACGGUGUGUUCAUGUCCAUGAGGCGGGAAGCUCAGCCUUCUCUCUCCGUCUCUCCCUUAGCGUGGAUUAACGCAGCGAAAUAAACGAUGGCCGGAGUUUUCGAUAUCGAUCUGGACCAGCCGGAGGAGAAUGUCUCCGACGAAGAACUUGAGGAGACUCAGAUCACUGACUUUAUGGACCAGUGCAGUGGCUUUGAAUUUAAUAUGGACGACUGUGAGAAGAUUGAGAUAUCUGAGGACAAUGUAAACCAAGGCACAGAGAGCAUACGUCCUGAAUGCUUUGAGCUGUUGCGGGUUUUGGGCAAAGGCGGCUAUGGAAAGGUUUUCCAAGUUCGGAAGGUGACCGGUGCAGCAUCGGGAAAAAUAUUUGCUAUGAAAGUUUUGAAAAAGGCUAUGAUUGUCCGCAAUGCUAAGGAUACAGCUCAUACCAAGGCUGAGCGCAACAUCUUGGAGGAAGUGAAGCAUCCUUUCAUUGUGGAUCUUAUCUAUGCCUUUCAGACUGGCGGCAAGCUUUAUCUCAUCCUUGAAUACCUAAGUGGAGGUGAACUCUUCAUGCAACUGGAAAGGGAGGGCAUUUUCAUGGAAGAUACAGCUUGCUUUUACUUGGCAGAAAUUUCCAUGGCUCUUGGCCACCUGCAUCAGAAGGGCAUCAUCUACAGAGACCUCAAACCUGAAAACAUCAUGCUCAAUAGCCAAGGCCAUGUGAAGUUGACUGAUUUUGGAUUAUGUAAGGAAUCCAUUCAUGAUGGGACUGUCACACACACUUUCUGUGGCACUAUUGAGUACAUGGCUCCAGAGAUUUUGAUGAGAAGUGGACACAACCGGGCUGUUGAUUGGUGGAGUCUUGGAGCCCUGAUGUAUGACAUGCUAACGGGUGCACCACCUUUUACUGGAGAGAACCGGAAGAAAACCAUUGACAAAAUUCUUAAAUGCAAACUGAACCUCCCACCCUACCUCACACAAGAAGCCAGGGACCUGCUCAAAAAGCUGCUGAAAAGAAGUGCCUCAUCUCGGCUUGGAGCUGGACCUGGAGAUGCAACAGAGGUGCAGGCUCAUCCCUUUUUCCGACAUAUUAACUGGGACGACCUGCUUGCGCGGAAAGUAGAGCCACCGUUCAAGCCUUUCCUUCAAUCUGCUGAGGAUGUGAGCCAGUUUGAUUCCAAGUUCACCAGCCAGACUCCUGUCGAUAGUCCAGAUGACUCUACACUCAGUGAAAGCGCCAAUCAGGUCUUCCUGGGCUUUACAUAUGUAGCUCCAUCUGUGUUGGAAAAUGUUAAGGAGAAGUUCUCAUUUGAGCCAAAAAUUCGUUCACCUCGCCGCUUUUUAGGAAGCCCAAGAACGCCUGUGAGUCCAGUAAAAUUUGCUGGGGACUGCUGGCCACGAGGUCCGACCAUGCCUGGAGCUUCUUCUCUUCAGUCUCCCACAGAACUGGCCAUGGAGGUGUCCACCAUGGAUCAGAUGGACAUCGCAGCCAGUGCUGAAGUCACCGCUCCGCUGCCCAUCAGGCAACCUGCAGGCUCCACGAUGGGUCCGUUUAAACAACAGGCAUAUCCAGUCAUGUCCAAAAGGCCAGAGCAUCUACGUAUGAACCUAUGACCAUUAGCUUGACCUAGAGAUUUACUUUGCUUUCUCCAUUUCUUUUAUAUGAAUACUAGGGAAAAACGGAAAUUCCCCACCACCACACAACCUCCUACUACUGUAGACUGUCCUUCACUCUCUGAUGAGCAUGUGUGCUUCACUGAGCUUGAGAAACUACUUCAGUUCCUCACGUCCCAAAUCCUCAGACCACAUUGUUCUCAGAUGCUUCCUGUCAUAACAUAUCAGAUGGAUGAUCAGGAUUGGGCCUUCUUUUGGAUUAAUGACUUUUUUUUUGUUUUUUUUUUUUACAUGAUUGUACCAUAAAAGGAAUAUGAAACACAUGAACAAAACAAAUCAAAUAUGACUUGGCACUGUUUGCUAAAUGUGCAGACUAGAUGACGUGGUGCUCCCUGCAAGAUGAUCAAGUGCUGUUGAGGAAUUGCGUCCGUUGGAUGCUUUUGUGUUUUUACAGUAUUGCUGGGGAAGCAGAAUGGCUUUCCGUCUCUGAAUGAAAUCAUUGUUAAUUGAAAGGAGAGAUGAAUUUGUGGGGAUUUCCACCACGCAGAGGUUAAUAAGCUGGCAUAUGUCUUAUUCUCUUUGAACAUUAAGUACAUCCCACAGUGAUAUAUAGAUGAUGGGUCAGUACACAAGAGCCUCAAUAAAAAAGAAAGACAUUGA